AUGGCAGCUCGCCGUGCCCACGCCGCGGCGGCCUUGGCCCUGCUGGUGGCGGCGCUCGUGCUGUCUGCGGCACCGGCGCCGGCCGAGGGUGCGGUUGCGAACUGCGGCCAGGUGGUGAGCUACCUGGCCCCGUGCAUCAGUUACGCCAUGGGCAGGGUGAGUGUGCCUGGCGGCGGCUGCUGCAGCGGCGUGCGUGGCCUUAACGCGGCCGCUGCCACCCCCGCCGACCGCAAGACCACCUGCACCUGUCUCAAGCAGCAGGCGAGCGGCAUGGGCGGCAUCAAGCCCAACCUCGUCGCCGGCAUCCCCGGCAAGUGCGGCGUCAACAUCCCCUACGCCAUCAGCCAAGGAACCGAUUGCUCCAAGGUGCGUUAA